UACACCCAUCUAUACGCCCUUAUAUAUACGCCCAUCUAUCCACCAAUCUAUACACCCAUCUAUACACUCAUCUAUACAUACGCCAAUCUAUACACCCACCUAUACGCCCAUAUAUGCGCUCAUCUAUACGCCCAUAUACACACCCAUCUAUACGCCCUUAUAUAUACGCACUCUAGGCUCCUCCCUCUCAAAGUUACAGAGAUCACAAGAAAGAAAACCACAAGCUUUCGACAUGAAGUCGACUGUGUGCCCGAAACCUGUUGA